GCGCCCGCAGGCCGAGGGCCGCCACCCGCCGAGCUCCGGGCCGGAGCGCGCGGCCGCCGAGCCGGGCCGCGGUGGGGACGGCGCCCUUUGUCCCCCCGAGACUCCGGAAAGUUUGCGGCGGGACGCACGCGGGGAGGCGGUCGGGGCAGCCCCGACGUCGCGGGAGCGAGUGCGCCGAGCCAGCAUGGGCAGCGGGCGCGGCGCGGGGGGCCGCGGCGGGGCCGCCCCAGGCGUGCUGCUGGCUCUGGCCGCCGCGCUCCUGGCCCCCGGCUCGGCCAGCGAGUACGACUACGUGAGCUUCCAGUCGGACAUCGGCUCGUACCAGAGCGGGCGCUUCUACACCAAGCCGCCGCAGUGCGUGGACAUCCCGGUGGACCUGCGGCUGUGCCACAACGUGGGUUACAAGAAGAUGGUACUGCCCAACCUGCUGGAGCACGAGACCAUGGCCGAGGUGAAGCAGCAGGCCAGCAGCUGGGUGCCCCUGCUCAACAAGAACUGCCACAUCGGCACCCAGGUCUUCCUCUGCUCGCUCUUCGCGCCCGUGUGCCUCGACCGGCCCAUCUACCCGUGCCGCUGGCUCUGCGAGGCCGUGCGCGACUCGUGUGAGCCGGUCAUGCAGUUCUUCGGAUUCUACUGGCCGGAGAUGCUCAAGUGCGACAAGUUCCCCGAGGGCGACGUCUGCAUCGCCAUGACCCCGCCCAAUGCCACCGAAGCCUCCAAGCCCCAGGGCACAGCUGUGUGUCCUCCAUGUGACAACGAGUUGAAAUCUGAAGCCAUAAUUGAACAUCUCUGUGCGAGCGAGUUUGCCCUGAGGAUGAAAAUAAAAGAAGUGAAGAAAGAAAAUGGCGACAAAAAGAUCGUCCCCAAGAAGAAGAAGCCCCUGAAGCUGGGGCCCAUCAAGAAGAAGGAGCUGAAGAAGCUCGUCCUGUACCUGAAGAAUGGGGCCGACUGCCCCUGUCACCAGCUGGACGACCUGAGCCACCACUUCCUCAUCAUGGGCCGCAAGGUGAAGAGCCAAUACCUGCUGACGGCCAUCCACAAGUGGGACAAGAAAAACAGGGAAUUCAAAAACUUCAUGAAGAAAAUGAAAAAUCACGAGUGUCCCACUUUCCAGUCGGUCUUUAAGUGAUGGUCAGGGGCCGGCUGGGGCGCGAGCGGGGCUGAGCUCAUGUCCCUGGAAGCUGGCGGCUGGCACGCCCUGCUGCUGCCGGUAGGGGGCGCUGUAACCCGGUUUGCUUCGCUCUCCCAGCUCCCGCCCCCUCCCCUCCAGCCGCGCUCCAGAGCCCAGGUAGCCAAUAUUUAAAGUCGCUCGCCCAGGUAAGAGGAGCCCCAUUUAGAUUAGGAAGCCUUUUCAGUCUACUGUGUGGACCAGCAUGUCACUAGUAAAAGGAGGUGCGAAACCGUUUUCAGCCAGAGACGUACUCACUAAAAAAGAAAAUGUUGCCAGUUUAAGGAAAAGGGAAUUAGGCAAAAACCAAGUUCUGCAAAUUUCUUUGUGUCCUUAAAAAUUGCUUAUGGAUCUAUCAGCUGAUCUCUGCCUUUGAAACUAGAAUAUAUAACUCCUGGUAAGAGGCCUUGCUUUCCGUUUCAGAGAAUUUCUCUGUCCACCUGCUUUAGACAGAAACACACACACACACCCACACACACCACGUUUACAACUUUUAAGAUCAAUUCCAGAAAGGUAGAGGUGCAGGGGGGAAAAGCCGCAAAGACAGUGUGUCACAGAACAAAGGGAGGUUAUGCCCGCCCUGGCUUCCCACGUGAUUGUCCUUCCCUCUGAAUCAGCUGGUGUCUGGUGCCCUGAGCAGCUGGCAUCGGCCUCUAUGCUGAUCCACCCCCCAGAUAUGUGGAGGCUGCACCAGCCUGCCUGUGUGAGGAAAAGGCUGCACUGUGGCCACCGAACCAGUGGCAGGAGAGAGACGAUUUUAAGACUGAGAAGGCAAUGCUUAGUGGUUUUUGAAACACAUAGCUCAAGAAACUAGAAUAUUCUAACUCCUCAAGAAGAAACAAAGAGGAAAAGAUCUAGAACAGUCAGGCAAAUUGCUAGUCAGGGUGAAUUGUGAUUGGGUGAAGAGCUGAGUGUUCUAAUUUCCUCUGUUCACCUUUUUUUUUAAAGAGAACAACAAAAACCCUGUUUGCUUUUCCAGGUUUUGAAAAUCUACAUUGAAUAUUUGAAAGAUGUGUUAAGACCAGGGUGUCCUGAAGCUUGAUUCCUAUAGGUCAAAGAAAUUGAGAAGAGCCAACCUGUCUGUCCUCCUGCACUGAAAAAAAAGUGUUUGUUUUCAUUCCUGCAGAAGGAAAGUCAAGCCACAAGUGUCCCCUUCCAAGGAGAGAGUUUAAAAGGCAGCACAAGUCUGCAGAUUUUCCUAAAGGCUCUAAGAUAGUUCUCAAAGCCUUGUGUUUAGUAAGUGCUGAACUAAAGCCCUUCACUUAAGCAACUUUAUUACCUCUUGUUCAGUGUAUAGGAAGUCAUUCUAAACAAUUAAUGUUAAUUUCUCCCCCAAGCCAGAGUCUUAAUUCUCUGUAACAUCUAGAGAACUUCUGCAAUCACCCCUCUGGGCGAAUGUUUAUACCCAGUCGGGAGGCUGCAGUGAGACCGGGAAGUGUUACCCUGUAGCGCUGACCUGACAGAGAAACAGAGCGACAUUCUAUUAAUGUCUGAAGACUGCAGUCUGAAAAUCAGCCUGUGGACUUUGUUCCCUGCCUGAGGGAGAUCCUGAUAUAAUGAACCUCUCAUGAUUAGUGAUCCCAUCAUUUUAACAUUUUUUUUUUGUUAUCUCUGACCUUUAAUCACAAAGUG